CAAUUUCACAGAGAAGAAGAAGAAGAAAAGGCACAAGUAGAUAAGGAAGAGAGGGGGAAAAGGACGCAAGGAGUUGCCAGAGGAAAGGAGCAUCACUGCGAAGAGAGGAGACCAGCAGGAGGGCGUGGACCUUACUAAAAGAAGGAUACAGGGGAAAAAAAUAAAAACGAGAGAAGACAAGAGGGACCAAAGACAUACGAGGCAAAGCUGAGGCCUCCUGGAAGAGAAACAUAGCCUCACACUUGCUCAGCACGAGAGAGUGUGUGUGUGUGUGUGUGUGUGUGUGUGUGAGGUUGCCCUCUGUGUGCAAUUUACUGUACGUGUGUGUGAGCAGGUGGGACUUUGAUGGGACAGUGAGCAAUGCCUCACACGCAGCGACAGCAGGUUGACAGUAGGGGGCAGUGCUCCUCCCGCCUCCUCCCCCUCCUCCUUUUCCUCCUUUCCAUUGCUGCCCGGCCCAGCCAAACAGCCAUACACAUACCCUCCAACUACCACAUAAGUGAUCUCAAGAGGCCUCCAGUGAUCACCAUGCAGCCGGAAUCUGUCACCGUCUUCAGUGUUGAAGACCUCGUCAUGAGCUGUGAAGCCUCCAGCAAUCCCCCACCCAUUUUCCGAUGGACAAAGGAUGGAGAGGAGUUUUACCCAGCCAAUGACCCAGAGCUGAAAGUUACUGAGGAUACUGGCUCAUUCGCAUUCUACACACUCAGUAAUACUAUGGACACCCUGAAGCAGUACCAAGGCAAAUAUGUCUGCUACGCAUCCAACGAGCUGGGGACUGCCGUCUCUAAUGAGGCCAUACUCAGCACUGAUGUUCCUCCAACCCAGCAGAAAGAAAAAAAGGUUACUGUGAAGUCUGAACUGGGAAGCAGUAUUGUUCUGAAGUGUAACCCCCCACAGAGCUCUAUGGAGCCUAUUAUCCACUGGAUGGACUGGAAGCUACACCACAUCCAGCUUAGUCACCGAGUGGUGGUGGGAAAGGAUGGCAACCUAUACUUUGCCCAUUUGACAACCGAGGACAGCAGGGAUGACUACACCUGCAAUGUCCAGUACCUGGCAACACGCACUAUUCUGGCAAAGGAACCCAUCACUCUGACUGUCACCCCAUCCAAUUCACUAGUACGGAACAAGAGACCUCAGAUGAUGAGACCUACUGGAAGCCACAGCACUUACCACGCCCUCAGGGGCCAGACCUUGGAGCUUGAGUGCAUCGUCCAGGGCCUUCCAACUCCUGACGUGUUGUGGCUGAGGAAGGAUGGUGAACUGUCCGAAUCUCGAACAACGAAAGAAAUGUACGACCGCCGCCUGCGCUUCAGUAACAUCUCAGAAAGCGACGGGGGAGAGUACCAAUGUAGAGCUAACAAUUCCCAAGGAAAGAUCACACACACUUACACUGUGAUUGUGGAAGCUGCUCCCUACUGGACCAAGGAGCCAGUCAGUCAGCUGUAUGCCCCAGGUGAGACUGUCAGACUAGACUGCCAGGCAGAUGGCAUCCCCUCUCCUACUAUGAGCUGGACCAUCAAUGGGAUUCCCCUCUCAGAAACCAAUAAGGACUCUAGACGUACUCUGAAAGGCGGAUCUCUAAUCCUAAAUGAAGUCAACUUUGGAGACACUGCCAUAUACCAGUGUCAGGCCUCCAACAAGCAUGGAACUAUCCUCACCAACACCAACGUAUAUGUCAUUGAGCUGCCUCCACAGAUCCUUACUGAGGAUGGGAACUCAUACACAUUUAUAGAGGGCCAGAAGGCUUUGCUGGAGUGUGAGACCUUUGGUUCUCCUAAACCUAAAGUCAUAUGGGAGAGUGGCAGCACCUCCUCCCUUCUGGCAGAUCCCAGAGUUAACCUACUCACCAAUGGGGGGCUUGAGAUCUUUAAUGUCACCCAUGACGAUGAGGGCUUGUACACCUGCUCUAUACAGAACACCAACUUGUCAGUCAGUGCAGAGCUGGAAGUACUCAACAGGACAGUUAUCCUGACUCCACCACAGGCUCUGAAGGUGCAGCCUGGAAACACAGCAAUCUUCACCUGUGUGGCCUUAGUUGACCCCAAACUCGGCUCUCCACAGAUUCAGUGGAGAAAGAACAAUCAGAAGCUGUUUGAAUCCUUCACUGAUGAAAAAUAUACAUUUGAAGGACCAGACCUGAUAAUAGCUAAUGUUGGGCCUGAUGAUGAGGGCUUGUACACCUGUCAGGUCAUCACUAGGCUGGACAUGGCUGAAGUCAGUGGCACCCUCACUUUAUGUGAUCGUCCAGACCCUCCUGUUCUCCUCCAGCUCACUGAUUCUAAGCAUCGCUCAGUCACCCUUAGCUGGACUCCUGGAGACGACCACAACAGCCCUGUGCUAGAGUAUGUGAUUGAGUUUGAGGACCAAGAUUUGAAGGAGAGGGGUUGGGAAGGGCUGAAGAGAGUAAGAGGGAACAUGGAGCAUGUCAGCCUCCCUCUGUGGCCCUACAUGUCCUACCGUUUCCGGGUCAUUGCCAUCAAUGAUGUGGGUAAGAGUGACCCCAGCAAACCAUCUGAGGUCUGCAGCACACCUGCUGCAGCUCCAGACAAUAACCCUGAAGAUGUGAGGAGUGAAUCCACAGACCCAGACACUCUGCUCAUCACCUGGGAGGAAAUGGACAAACGCAACUUUAAUGGACCUGACUUCAAAUACAAGGUGCUGUGGAGGCGAGUGGUGGGCAGCGGGCCCAAAUGGCACACCAACUACACAACAGCACCACCGUUCUUUGUCAGUGAUGUUGGUAACUUCUCUGCCUUUGAGAUCAAAGUUCAGGCUGUCAAUGAGAAAGGGGUGGGACCUGAAGCGGACCCUGUCAUUGGCUACUCAGGAGAGGAUGUUCCAUUGGAGGCUCCAAUGGAUGUGGGUGUUGUACUAAUGAACAGCACCACCAUCAAAGUGACCUGGGCAGCAAUAAACAGAGAGACGGUCAGAGGACACCUGCUGGGAUACAAGAUCUACUUGACCAGGACUGGCUCUAGGAACCACCACCACAGAGGCCGUAGGGCCAAGGAGCCAGAAAACACUUUGGUGGUGGAGACUGGGGCCAACGAGGAGAAGAAGCUGAUCAGUGAUCUCAGACCGUACUCCCACUAUAACCUGGCCGUCACUGUAUUCAACAGCAAGGGAGAGGGACCUGCCUCUGACACGCUGUCCUUCAAGACUCACGAGGGAGUUCCUGGUCCUCCCAUGUCCCUGGUGUUGGACAGCCCAUCAGAGACAGAGAUGAGCCUCCACUGGACACCUCCUAGCCAACCCAAUGGAGUCCUCAUUGGAUAUCUACUGCAAUACCAACAGAUUGUGGAGAAUGAUGACCGCCCCAUGCAGGUAGAGAAAAUAGAUGAUCCCACAGUCACCCGCCUCACGCUGAAGAACCUGGACCAUCACAGUCACUACCGCUUCUACCUGAGGGGACGCACUGCUGCUGGGGAUGGAGAGCCCAUCAUGAGGAUGGGUGCCACCACUCUGGAUGGGGUGCCUCCUGCUAACAUCACCGUGUCUGUGGCGGAAAAAGCAGUUAACCUCAGCUGGGUGGCCAAAAAGAGACACAGGAAUGUUAGCUUCCAGAUCCACUACCUCAGGAAGAAUGAAGGCGAGAAAUGGAAGAAGACAGAGAAGUUGAACUCCUCUCAGUCUUUCUAUCAGCUCCAGGGCCUGACUCCUGGCUCUCAUUAUCGUCUACGCUUCAUCUACAACAACAACACCUUCUGGGAGACACACAUUGAAACAGAAGGAACAGAAGUGACGGAGGUGCAGCCAAGCUUUGCAACACAGGGCUGGUUCAUUGGCGUUGUGAGUGCCAUCGUGCUUCUGCUCUUGAUACUGCUCAUCCUCUGCUUCAUCAAGAGGAGUAAAGGGGGAAAGUACUCAGUGAAAGAUAAAGAAGAGGGUCCGAUGGACUCAGAGGCACGGCCGAUGAAAGAUGAGACUUUUGGAGAGUACAGAUCUCUAGACAGCGAUAUUGAGGAGAAAUGCAUGGCCAGCCAUCCGUCGCUGUGUGAGGAGAGCAAGCUGUGCAGUGAGGACAACCUUGACUUCAACGGCAGCAGUGUCCUAACCACGGAGCUCAACAUGGAUGAGUCUCUGGUCAGCCAGUUCAGUCGGCCCAGCGAGGGUCCAGAUGCGCUUCAUGCCCCGCCGGACAACUCCCCGCUCAACCACACCACCGUCUCCCCAGCCACCAACGGCAUGCCCAACUCAGCCACCAUCCUCGAUUAACCCCCUGCCCCUACAUCCACCAGGGACCAUCAGACCAAAACAUCUCAACACAUAUGUGCCCAUACGCUGUUGUUCCUUACUGACUUGCUGAUCUGUACUUUGACAACUAAUACACAAUCAAUAUAUUGACUAUUCAGAUGCCCAUGGCAGUCAUCUGAUUGACUGGACUAUUUUGACCAAAGGAGUGUCCAAAGGAGUGGACAAUAUGUUACAAGUCUGACUGACCUGAAGAUGUCCUUUGACCCCCCUCACCCUCCUUUAUCUGUGUAGUUUACAAAAAAAUCUGAACGACUAACAUUCAUUUCUCUCCCUGUCUUGUCUUUCUUUCUCCCAGAAACCAACACCAUGGAAAGAUAAAGACAGAAUGCUGUACAGGUAGAAGUAUCAGAGGGACUGUAGGUGUGGUCCUAUAGAGGUACAGAGUAGUACAUUGAAAGAGGAGGCUGAUGUGACAGACAGCACAUACUGCUGUAACUGUCUUGAAACAUAGAUAUUUAUCAUGUCUUGACUUAUUUUGCAUAUGAUUUUGUAUAUCUAACACCAUUUGAUGUCUCAGAUUGUACUUGCCAGUGACUUUAUUUUUUUUAUGUGUUCAGAAUCCAAAAACACCCUUUUUUCAUAAUCUCCCUUUUUUACGUUUAUCAUCAUUUUUUUUACUUUUGCGUUCUACACUCUUUAUGUAAAACUCAUGAUUUCUCUUGAUUGACAUAUUUCAUAGAUCAAGAUGUUUUCAUCGAAACUAAGUGACGCCAAGUUUCUUACUAUAAAUAACAUUGGAUGCAUUAAGGGGAACUUGCUGUGAAGAUGCUGAGUAGCAUCUGAUGUAUAUAGCUGCAUCUACAUCUAUCUAUUUAGCCAUAAUACAGUAUUAUAGAUAUGUACAUGCUCCUUAUAUGUUCCUGUGCCUGCUGGGUCUGCAUAGAGCACCAGAUCGAUGUCAUUACUCUCUCGCCUUCCCACCAGAAGUGUAAUGUCAUUAUUGGAAAAGAUAUUGUAAUUUUUUGUGUCGAGAAUUUUGUGUAGCUUUCUGUAUCUGUCCUUGUCUCUUUCUACACUGUAUUAAAAACAUUGUUGUCUCUAAUUAACAAUCUUUUCAUACCAGUUCAUCUCAUACUACGCAAAUUGUUUGAGGAGCAGUAUUUAUGUAUAUUACGGAUUAGAGAGUGGAGUCUUGUGGGCAAAACACUCUCCCAGGUUUUAUUUUCAGACCCUUAUCAAUGCAAGUUGAUAUUGCAGACAGACGUAAUGAUUACCAGUUGAUGUAUAUUAAAGGCAAACAGUUGGCAGUUACAUCAAACGCAGAGAAUGUAUUCUUUUUAGGGCUGGGUAGACAUUGUCUCUACAUGCUGAUAAAAAAAAAAUCUGAGCUUCAAGGUACAGGAGAGAGAAGAGUGGUUAUGAGAAGAUCUGGAAAGGACAGUUUUUUUCCCACUGAAUGUAAAUACAACCCUUAAAGAUUGUUUUGAUGAACCCAACCAUGUUUGAUAAAAAAUGUGAAAAAUGUGAAGGUUUAAAAUCACUUAAUUUUAAAAUGUUGCAAGCUGUAAUUUCUCUUCUUUGUACUAUUGCUAUGAAUUCAAACUUUCUGUUUUUGACACGACUGCAGUGAGAUUUUGCAGUUUUAGCAAAACAAAAUAGCUCAUGGUCGAGGAACGAAAAAAAAAUAUUUAAAAGGAAAAAAAAUCCACAUUGUUCUGUAGAUGUUUUCAAGCAUUUCAAAAUUUGAAAAUCAAAAAAUUGUACAUUAGUGUCAUUUAGUGAUAGUAGUAGUUACAUUACAAUGAAAGCUAAGAUUGCAUUCAUGCCCAUAACCAUCCAGCAAUGCAUUGCAGUGCAGUGAAUAUCUGUGGAGUUUUUGUCUGAUGCAGUUAUGAGAGGCAGGGAUGCAGCGAGCCAGUUUGUGCAUACCACAGGGAGCACAUAUAUGCAACGCUGCUGUCUCAGUUCUACCUACUCAAAUAAAAGCUUGACAUUGGCCAAAUAUCACCUGACACUCCCUGAGGUAAAGAAUAUGGGAUGUCUAAAAUGGCUAGUGGCACUGACGGAGGUGUGUGUAAGCUCCCUGUUGUUGGUUAUACAGACACACUCAGGACAAAUAAAGCUUUUAAAAAAAAUCUAUUUUCAUACAGGAGCAAUGAAUGACACAAAAUAUGCCAAUAUUCUAACUUGACUAUCUGCUGCUAAACGUGUGUUUGUCAGUGUUCGGGGCAAAUGUUAGCUUUGAAUGAGGAAUAAGUGUACACACACAGAUACUCACUCGACUGCCACUCACUCUUUGCUUUUCAUGUGUCGAGGGGAAAGCCGGGGACACUGGCAUUUGCUUUUCCACUGUUGUUUUUUUCCCCCCAUUUUUAUAGUUAAAAGAGAAAAACCUUUUAAAAAGUGAACUGGUUUGUUUAGAGAAGCUUCUUCAUGACGCAGAAAAGCAGACAGACUUUAAACAAUAACGCCUGGGCGGGAAGGGAGGGGUGAGAGAAAAUAAGGGAGGAAGGAGGGGUAGGGCAUGUGUGUCCCUGUUGGGGUGUAGAUGUGCCUCUUUGUGGUGUGUGGGGUGCACCAUUAGCAUAAUGGGACUGAUGGCAUCAAUACGUAUCAUGGGUGAACGUCAGGAGUUGGGUGGACUUAUGGGCCCAAUAUAAUUGUAACUGCAUUAUGAAUCUACCACU